AUGAUGGCGAAAUCCGCCAAGAUCUUCUCAAACGAAGAGAACGGCGUGAACAUGGCUGAUACACCGAGACUCUCGACUACGGAGGACGAAAAUGCCGGCCUGCUCCAUUCUCGUGAACCUUGUGACGACGGACGGUCCACCAGGGCCACUAGUCGGUUGCCGCGCUCUCAGUUGAUCAUUCUUACCCUAUCACUUUCGAAUGCCAUCUCCAUUGCGGCGGUCUUAAUUCUCGUCGUAUUUCACGGCCCGGCAUUCUAUCUCUCCGAGGCUCCUGCAACGGUUAUUUACCCGGCGCAACCAGAGUGGUUCCCACCCCAGAUCCCUGUGAAAAAGGUCUUGCAUGGGAACAAACUAUACGGCCAGCCUCCUAACCCUGAAAGUAUCGAGGCAUGGAACAGAUUGCUGCCAAGCCACCGCGGCUAUAGCACUAUGGACGCAUACUAUGAGCUUAUCGACCGCCUGAACAAGAACGAGGGGGCAAAGAGAGAAUUGCCUACAGAUCCUGGUUGGAAUUCUGAGCAUCUCAAUCAUUGCUGGGAUUAUCUACGACAGACUAUUAUGUGUAAUGCAGAUGUGACGCUCGAGUGGCGCAAGUACAACGAACAGGUCGGGACGGGGUGGGGUUAUCAACAUCAAUGCAAGGACUGGGAUGCGAUUAUUGCCUGGGCAGAGAAGUACAGGUACUCGAACAACUGGGGUAUUCUCAGAGGUGGAGGUGAAAGGAUCCCACUCCAAUGA